UACUUCAUUGGUGUCCUGGACAUUGCCGGCUUUGAGAUCUUUGAUUUCAACAGCUUUGAGCAGCUGUGCAUCAACUUCACCAAUGAGAAGCUGCAACAGUUCUUUAACCACCAUAUGUUUGUGCUGGAGCAAGAGGAGUACAAGAAGGAAGGAAUUGAAUGGGAAUUCAUUGACUUUGGGAUGGACCUGGCUGCCUGCAUUGAGCUCAUUGAGAAGCCCAUGGGCAUCUUCUCCAUCCUGGAAGAGGAGUGCAUGUUCCCCAAGGCAACUGACACCUCUUUCAAGAACAAGCUCUAUGACCAGCAUCUGGGCAAGUCUAACAACUUCCAGAAGCCCAAGCCUGCCAAAGGCAAGGCUGAGGCCCACUUCUCCCUGGUGCACUACGCUGGUACAGUGGACUACAACAUCACUGGCUGGCUUGAGAAGAACAAGGAUCCCCUAAACGAAACUGUCAUUGGGCUUUAUCAGAAAUCAUCUGUGAAGACAUUGGCUUUACUCUUUGCCUCCUAUGGUGGGGAAGCAGAGGCUGGUGGUGGUGGAAAGAAGGGUGGCAAGAAGAAGGGUUCUUCUUUCCAGACUGUCUCAGCUCUUUUCCGGGAGAAUUUAAACAAGCUGAUGGCUAACUUGAGAAGCACUCACCCUCAUUUUGUACGAUGCAUCAUCCCAAAUGAAACAAAAACACCUGGUGCCAUGGAGCAUGAGCUGGUGCUACAUCAGCUGCGGUGCAAUGGUGUGCUGGAAGGGAUCAGAAUUUGCAGGAAAGGAUUCCCCAGCAGAGUCCUGUAUGCUGACUUCAAACAAAGAUACAGAGUGCUUAAUGCAAGUGCUAUCCCAGAGGGACAGUUCAUGGACAGCAAGAAGGCUUCAGAAAAGCUCCUUGGGUCCAUUGAUGUGGACCACACCCAAUACAGAUUUGGUCACACCAAGGUGUUCUUCAAAGCUGGACUGCUGGGACUCCUGGAGGAGAUGAGAGAUGACAAGCUGGCAGAAAUUAUCACUCGCACACAAGCCAGGUGCAGGGGCUUCCUGAUGAGAGUGGAGUAUCAGAGAAUGGUGGAGAGAAGGGAAUCCAUCUUUUGCAUCCAGUACAAUGUUCGUGCAUUCAUGAAUGUGAAGCACUGGCCCUGGAUGAAGCUCUUCUUCAAGAUCAAGCCCUUGCUGAAGAGUGCAGAAUCUGAGAAGGAGAUGGCCAACAUGAAAGAAGAGUUUGAGAAAACCAAGGAAGAGCUUGCAAAGUCUGAGGCAAAGAGGAAGGAGCUGGAGGAGAAAAUGGUGGUCCUGCUGCAGGAGAAAAAUGACCUGCAGCUCCAAGUGCAGGCAGAAGCAGACAGCUUGGCUGAUGCUGAGGAAAGGUGUGAUCAGCUCAUCAAAACCAAAAUCCAGCUGGAAGCCAAAAUUAAGGAGGUGACUGAAAGGGCUGAGGAUGAGGAAGAAAUUAAUGCUGAGCUGACAGCCAAGAAGAGAAAACUGGAGGACGAGUGUUCAGAGCUGAAGAAAGAUAUUGAUGACCUUGAGUUAACGUUGGCCAAAGUGGAGAAGGAAAAGCAUGCCACUGAAAACAAGGUGAAAAACCUCACAGAGGAGAUGGCAGCCCUGGACGAGACCAUUGCCAAGCUGACAAAAGAAAAGAAAGCCCUCCAAGAGGCCCAUCAGCAGACACUGGACGACCUGCAGGCAGAAGAGGACAAAGUCAAUACGCUGACCAAAGCGAAGACCAAGCUGGAGCAGCAAGUGGACGAUCUGGAAGGGUCCCUGGAGCAAGAGAAGAAACUGCGCAUGGACCUUGAGAGAGCUAAGAGGAAACUGGAAGGAGACCUGAAGCUGGCCCAUGACAGCAUAAUGGAUUUGGAAAACGAUAAGCAGCAGCUGGAUGAGAAACUGAAGAAGUAA